CAGUAUUAUUAUUACCACAUAUGAGCCAUUAUAGUAUUGGCAUUAUUUUAUUAUUACUACUGUAUAUGCACUGCUCAUCAUGGAUCUGAGUUACAUACAAAUCUGACCUAAAGACAUUCUCAGGAAUUUAUCUCAUCUGUAACCUGGAGACUACCUGUACUAAUAUGAACACAUCCACUUGAUUUGAAAUAAGGCUAAGAUACCGAAUAAUGAAAGUCAAUUCACUGAAGUUUUGACAGGCUGAAGGCGAUGAUUUCAGACUGGAAACAGAAAAUCGAAGAUAACUACAGGGACAUUGGGGAAAAGAAGGUGGAUUGAAAAGUUGUAUGGUAGUAGCCAAAAAGUAAAUUAUCUUCAAGGUGCAUAGGAGACGAUUGUAGGGAUGAAUCACAUGUAUCCACCAAGACUUAAAUGUGGCCACAUUAGCUUGUAGGGAUUUUAAGUAAGGUAUCCAAAAUACCUGGUAAUGGUUAGGGCUGGGAGAGUACACAAUGAAUCGCUUAAUAGAGGAGGUUGUGGGAAAAGACUUGAAGAAAUGACUCUCUUCUUUCCAUGUGAACCAUGAGAAUUGAAGAUGAAGAGAUGAGGAGGGAUAGCAGGUCAAUUUGGGAUGCAUCUUUAGGGGGUGUUGAAGCAACAACAGCAUCUUGGCCUUCUCUCCUCCUCCCCCACCCAUGGAGGUGUCAAGGGUAGUGCUUUGUGAUGUCUAAGCCAUCUCGGGGUUACUAUUGGCUGGAGUAGUGCUGGAUGACCAAACAAAGCUUAAGGAUGUGGUUCUCACUACCCCCAGGAAGGUAUAUAUAGUGAGGGAAGAGGCCUGGGAUAGACCACUGGGAGGCUUCAAUAUGGCUAAGGAAAUCUGCACACCAGAGGAGCCUAGCAUAGAUAUGCAACAACCAACUGUAAGCAUGGAACAGCCAACUCCAAUCACCAAAGGCAGGAAGGAGAUAAAGACCCUCUGUCAACACAACAACAAAGAAAGUGAUAAGGUUCAGAUGAUACUCAUAAUAGUAAAAUUAGCCCUUCAACAGAAUGUGAAUAAGAUGAAGAAAAUAAAAAUGCCAACAAUAAUAGUCUGUUUCUACAGGGUGCAUAAGAAAAGAAAUUCAAAUCAGCUGAAGAAUAAAGAAGAGAACCCAGAUAACUCCAUCGAUCCAAUCAAAGAGACCAGAGACCUAGACCUAUCUGUGGAGUCUUCAGAAAAAGCUAUGGAGAAAUAGUCAACCAUGGAGAAACCAAAUCUGACAAAUACAUGGUACACCAAUGGCAAUGAUUAAAAUAAAAUAAAAUUUUAAGGGCA